AUGAAGAAGGUCUCAUCUCAACUUCAAAUCCAGGCCCCAACUUAUGGAAAGCUAAUCACCAUUCGCAGCAUUGAUGGAGGCGGUAUAAGAGGCAUCAUUCCUGGCACUGUCCUUGCUUACCUUGAGUCCCAACUUCAGGAGUUGGAUGAUAAGGAUGCCAUGUUAACAGCUCCAGAUGAAAACAAUCGUCCUUUAUUUGCCGCUAAAGACAUUAAGCCUUUUUACCUUGAACAUAGCCCUAAGAUUUUCCCACAGAAAAGGGGCAUGUUUACAUCACUUAGAAACACGUUGAAUUUAUUAGCUGGACCCAAGUACGAUGGCAAGUAUCUUCACAAAGUUUUAAGGGAGAAACUAGGAGACUGUCGAUUACAUCAAACUUUAACCAAUGUUGUCAUCCCAACUUUCGAUGUCAAGAAUUUGCAGCCAAUUAUUUUCUCCACUUAUGAGGUGGAAGAAUCCCCCUUACUGGAUGCUCGAUUAUCUGAUGAUACGUCCGCAGCCCCAACUUAUCUUCCUGCCCACCAUUUUAGUGGCCAAGAUAAAGAAGGGAACAGUUGGGAAUUCAAUCUUAUUGAUGGUGAUGUUGCAGCAAAUAAUCCGGCUUUAGUUGCCAUAUCCCAGAUAACCAAAAAGGUCUUUAGUGGAAGUCCAGAUUUCUUCCCGAUUAAGCCCAUGGACUAUGGACGCUUUCUAGUGAUCUUAGUAGGCACUGGCUCUGCAAAGGUGGAACAGAAAUACAGUGCGAAAAUGGCAGCCAAAUGGGGUGUUUUUAGUUGGUUACUUCACGGCGGCUCCAGUCCGUUGGUGGAUGUUUUCACUCAAGCAAGUGCUGAUAUGGUUGAUUUCCAUAUUUCUGUGGUUUUUCGAGCUCUUCAUUCCGAAGAAAACUACCUUCGAAUUCAAGAGGACUCCUUAAUUGGGACAGACUCCUCCGUUGAUGUUGCUACAGAGGAGAACUUGAACAGACUUGUGGAGAUUGGAGAGACGUUGUUGAAGAAACCAAUUUCGAGGGUAAACUUGAAAAUUGGUCUUUCUGAACCAGUCAAAAAUGGUGGCACAAAUAAAGAUGCUCUGAAAAGGUUUGCGAAAUUGCUCUCAGAUGAAAGGAAGCUUAGACAACUAAAAUCACCAUGCUCAUACCAGGCUUAA